AUGACAGUCCUGUCGCUGCUGUUGCUGGCUCUGUCGGCCGCAUCUGUGCUGGCCGAGUCUACUGUGUAUCUCCGAGAGCAAUUUGAAGAUGGGGGUGAGGUCCUUCACUUAUAAUCAUGCCGAGAUUGUUUCGUUGCUAUUCUUUGGUUUGCAUUGCAAGUCUAUUAGAUUAAAACGAUGGUCAAAUUAAGAGGCAGAACUGGUCUUCAUGUUGGGAUGUAUUGGUAUGAUUGUUAGGGAUGACAAGUUCUGAUUUUACACCCAUCUCUUUGAUGCAUCAUUUGCCUUCUGCUCAAUUUCAGAUGUAUUAAGUCAAAAUGAACACCAUUUGUUUUUUGACCCUCCCAUCCCUCAUUUCCUCACCAUCCUCUUCCCCACAGCCAUCAUCAAACCCUGUCUGUCUACCCAUCCCCCAUUUGCACAGCCCACCCCUGGUCACCCACUGUACCCCUCUCCUUAGCAGUCGUAUUAUCUUUGGACUCCAGUCUUAAGGCAGACAGCGCAUGGAGUCACAAAGACUGGUCCUUCUUGGCAGUAUAACAUAAUCCCAGAGCUCUUGCACUGAUGCAUCACCAGUGGGGGAUUGGCAGGUUGUGAGUGACUGAACCUCCACUUGUUUUUGCAGAUGCCUGGAAGAGUCGCUGGGUGGAAUCCAAGCACAAGUCAGACUAUGGCAAGUUUGUUCUGACGGCAGGGAAGUUCUACAGAGAUGCUGAGAAAGACAAAGGUGUGUGAAAAUGUUAAAACAGUUAUCACCAUAGACUGUGCAGACUGUCAUCACUGACAUUGUCCCAGGCAUUGAGCUGGGAUUUUUUUUUAUAAUACAGGUGCAUCCUCUGUCUCAAGUUUGUUUAGGAAGUGUGAUGGGAGACAAAUGAAUGGUUCUUUUUGAACUUGCUCUGGACUAGAGUUUGGAUGAGACAGAGUCUGAUUUGUUUGAGAUAUCCUGCCCAGAUGAGAGUACUCUGGAUGUAGGAAUCUAUACUCUUUAUCUGAAAAGUAUUUGAAAUCAUCCCACAAAGCUGUCUCUGUAGUACAACCUUAUAAGAGACAGAUUCAGAUUCAUAGUUUCGUGAAAUAAACUAACUUUAGAUGAUCUAACUUUUUUGUUACAGGUCUGCAGACAAGCCAGGAUGCCCGCUUCUAUGCCAUGUCUUCCCGUUUUGAUGACUUCAGCAACCAGGGUCAGCCUCUAGUCAUCCAGUUCACAGUGAAACAUGAGCAGAGCAUCGACUGUGGCGGAGGCUACAUCAAACUCUUUCCCUCAGACCUCAAUCAGGAGGACAUGCAUGGAGACUCAGUUUACAACAUCAUGUUUGGUAAGUGCAGAUGAUUUAUCAGUGACAGAAUGAAAUGAUAUGUAUUCUCUUUCACAUUUAAUCUUUUUUUGUUGUUGUUCUAAACAUCGAUUACUGGGAGUGCAUAGUUUUCUUUUAUUAAGAUGGAUUUAAGAUAUUUCUUAUCCUUUGUCUACCUUUUUUUUUUGCUUCUUUUAACUGUUCACUCAAGGAUCACAUUCAUACUUUUAUUUAUUUAAGUGUUUAAUUGUUUGUUUGUUCAGGUCCUGAUAUCUGCGGCCCUGGCACAAAGAAAGUUCAUGUCAUCUUUAACUACAAAGGCAAGAACCAUCUGAUUAACAAGGACAUCAGAUGCAAGGUGAGACACCAUUUUAUUGGUAUUGUAUUUACUAAAGGAUUAUUGCACCCCAAGCAAAUUUCUCUGUUGUAUUUAGACUUCUUUAAUUUUCCUAGUUCGUAUCGCUCCUGUUGUCCACACCAUGUUAAAAUGAAAAUUUCAAAGACACUUUGCACAUGUCCUACAUUAUAAACAAAUUGUAUGUAAAUUGUGGGGAAAUAAAACCAAGUCUGACAGGUUGCUGACAUUUCUUUCAUGCUCUGCAGGAUGAUGAGUACAGCCACUUGUACACACUCAUUGUCAACCCUGACAACACUUACGAGGUCAAGAUCGACAAUAAGAAGGUUGAAUCUGGCAAUCUAGAGGAUGACUGGGACUUCCUGCCUCCUAAGAAAAUUAAGGACCCCGAAGCAAAAAAGCCAGAAGACUGGGAUGACAGAGAGAAGAUUCCUGACCCUGAUGAUAAGAAACCAGAGGUCAGUCUGCUCUAGUCAAUCUAGAAAUUGUCUGUUUUGUCACUUUUGAGUUUUUUUUUCUGUGCUUAAUUGGUAUCAAAUAGAUCAAAAUGUUUACAGUACGCCUUUGUGAGGCAGUGCCUUUAAUUGUAUCUCUGUUGCAGGAUUGGGACAAACCUGAAAACAUCCCAGAUCCUGAUGCUAAGAAGCCUGAUGACUGGGAUGAUGAGAUGGAUGGAGAGUGGGAGCCGCCAAUGGUCUCUAACCCGGAUUACAAGGUGAACAGAAAAUAAUGAAAUCUGUUUUCAAAUCAACCCCUCAGCUAUGUCAUGAGUAACAUUUUAGAUAAAGAACCAACAAAAAAAAAGUUUCUUUAGUGGUACUUGAAAUAUGCAGUAUUUUCCACAGCAAGUGGUCUACUUCCAUGGAGAAGUUACUCCUUGUUUUCUAGUAAAACUAGAUUAUCUGUCACUCUGUCCAGGUACACUUCUUGACUGAACAGUUGGUUUGCAUGUGUGUGUCUUCUGACAUUAACCGUUCUCUCUAUGUUUGCUGUCAACAGGGUGAGUGGAAGCCCAGAGAGAUCAGUAAUCCUGCCUAUAAAGGCAAGUGGAUCCACCCGGAGAUCGACAACCCAGAGUACACUGCUGAUUCCGAGAUCUACAAAUACGACAGCAUUGGCGUGAUUGGACUCGACUUGUGGCAGGUAAGGAGAUAACAUCACUUUCUGUCUCCUGAAUCAGAAUGAGCCUUAUUGGCCAAGUAUGUGUACACCUCCAAGGAAUUUGAAUCCAGUAAACUUUGCCCCCUAUGUACACACAUUUAACAUGAAGUGUUACAAAAAUGAAAAGAAAAUUACAAAAAUUACAAAGUAUCUACAAAACAAACUAGACAUUUCUGUGACCUUUAUUAAAUGCAUGGUUUGCUAUUUAAUUUUGUGCAGAGAUUGUACUCAGGCAGCAUUCACAAAAGGGCUCUCACUCUCUGAACUUGCAUGGAUCACCUGAUUUAUAAUACACAUUUUUGCCUAUUUUAAUGCAGGUCAAGUCUGGUACUAUCUUUGAUAACUUCCUGAUCACCAACGACCCAGCCAUGGCAGAGGAAGUGGGCAAUGACACCUGGGGUAAAACUAAGGUGAGUUUAAUAGUUCUGCCUCAGUAUGGUAAAGACUGUAUUGAUCAAGCCCAAUCAUGAAUUUUACCUUUUUGGAAGCUCAUGUCACCAAAUUAUAUUUCUUGAUAGGUUUAUAUGUAGAUAAAAAAUCUUUAGAUGUGUUCAUCUACAAACAGCUUUGCCCUUCAGUGGUCAUUUCUCACUUCUGCGAAUUUAUCGUUCAAACAUGCGCUGUCUCCAGGAUGCAGAGAAGAAGAUGAAGGAAAGCCAAGAGGAGGAAGAGAGAAAGAAACGUGAGGAGGAGGACAAAAUGAGGAGAGAAGAGGCCAAGGAGGAAGAUGAGGAGGAAGAGGAAAAAGAUGAGGAGGAGGAAGAAGAGGAGGAUGAAGAAGAGGAGGAGGGCAUAGAGCAGGAGGAGGAAGAAGAGGAUGAUGGAGACACAGACUCUCAACUCAAGGAUGAGUUAUAA